AAAAUGCUCUGUGUUCUCACAUUAUUUGUUGGCCACUGGUUAAUUGUUUCUUGCAACGAAAUGCUUCCAAUACUAAGACUAAAUGAGCCUAAUCGAGUAGCUGGUGACCCGUGCGCAUGUGUUGUGGAGACUGGGAGAUCGCAUUUGCAGAAACUGUCGGAUAUACAGCGCGACGACCACGGAUUUGAGACGGGAUCUGCGAGCCACUCCCACGUGGCCCAAAAAUCCCCAGCAGAACCUAUGAAGACUCUAGAAGCAAUUUUAUCGGAUUAUUUAUAUGGCCGUAAAACAGACGGUGAUCAAGAUUCGGACGAAGAUUCCGGAGCUGAAAGUAUUAGUUCCAAAAAUGAUAACUACUUCCCCUCAGGACGUUUACUGCACAGCGAAAUGUUUCUAAACAAGACCGGCGUACACCUGCCGUCACCUGACCUGCUGCACACGGGGCACUGUCGGCUGCGGCUCACUCCCGACUACCUGCAGACGGCCGUGGACGCUUUCGCCAUUAUACUCGAGGGCAGCCUGGCGGACGUGCGGGCCUUGCCCGGCGACUAUGUGCUGCGAUCUGCACGCACAAUUUCCAUGAUGAAACUACCUCAGGAGAAGUUGAGUGCCAUGUGGGACGUCGUGUUGAAUGGACGGAAGCCUAGCGACAUCACAUACAAGACUUUAGAGAUUUAUAGGCCUCUAUUCAAGUAUCUCAGUGGGCAGCAAAUAGCGCAGAUAAAUUUGAGUGAUCCCAGGAUUGUUAACUAUAUAGGCACCCAUCCUGAACUUACCAGACAUCAGGUGGGCGUUGUGGCAAGUAAAUAUAUCAAAAUUAACCCGAAUUGGCGUAAAAUAACAUCUUUAAAUAACAUGAACAACCUACUAUGUGGAGUGCCUAUGACUUUUAUGAGGAAAUUAGAUGGCGCCGAAUACCUUAAGUUGGAACACCAGGUGUUUUAUCACAUACGAGCUUGUGACCCCCUCCAGAAGCGAUUCUACUUGAACAUGAUGACCAGAACUCAGGCGCUGGGGAAAUCGUAUAGCUGGAGCGCCAGAGACGUGUCGCGCUUGGGACUGUUGCUGGCCGAGGUGGAAGGCUCCGCCCUAGCGAACAUCGAUCCUGAGGCGAUGGCCGGGGUCUCUGCUCACGUAAUGGCAGAGAUGAGGCCGGAAAAUAUAAAACACCUGAGAGAUUUGCAGAUCAAGUAUUUGAAACGGAAGGUAAGGAACAUUAUGUCUCGAAAACUUAAGGAGUACGACGCUCUGGUGGCAGAUACGGCUUGUAGAGUGAAGACAAAUAUAUUUCUUACAUUAUUAUUUGUUUUGUACAGUAAAGUUGUGCUAAUAAAUUAAUAAUAUAAAUUUAUCACAGCGGU